AUGCUAUUUGAAUCGGAAUGUGCAUUUUUCAUGUCGGCUGCUGCCGCCGCAGUGUCAACGGCAACCGCAGCAGCGUCGGAAAUGACGGAUCCAACCAACAGGCUGAACAUGUCUUCAUCACCAUUUUCAAAAGAUGUUACCUUUUCCAACGGCUUUUUCGAUAUAGAACAACCACAUCUGUUGGUACCCCUGACGCUAAAACAAACGGACUUCAAUUUGGAUCCGCAGCCAAAGCAAACAACAGCGCAGCAAGACACACAGCCCCAACUCCAGCAACAAGAGCAAGUACAGCAGCAGCAUCAACAGCAGCAACAGCUCCAGAAGUCUUCUACACUAACAAAAAUUACCCUUCAACGACCUAUGGAAGUUGAACUACAGCAGCAGCACCUUAAUAAUGACCAGUCGCCAGUAGGGAAACCAGUUGCCCAAGAACUGCAAAACGCUUCCAAUGAUCAGCACGAACAAAAACCUGCGAAAAAGAAAUCAAUCUCAAAGCAAAAGCAACGAUCUGCGGAAGAAUUGUCCACAUGCAGCCAAAUGGCUGUUGAUUCCGAUCAUCCCAAGUCUGCCUCGGCACCGGAAGCAACCACCAAGUCUAAGGCAACAUCCACCAAAACAAAAUCCACUGCCAACGGGGCCGAACCGAAAAAAAUUAGUCCAAAGACCAGAAAGGCGUCUUUAUCUUCCAUUAUCUAUCGCCAGCUGAUGGCCGCCGGUGGUCUGGGACUCGGUGUCGGUAUUGAUAAGACUGUGCCGAUACCGGCACGACAGCGCCCUCCAGUGCGAAAGUCACAAACCGCCUCCAUGACGGAGGCCACAGUUGUCAAAAAGUCUUCCACCUCGUCGAAGGCCAACAGUUCCGAUUCGUCAGGCGAUCCCAUGCCGGAGCAUUUCGGGUCAGCGAUCGGAGAAAGUUAG